AUGUCUCCAUACAAGUUGGUGUUUGGUAAGGCGUGUCACUUACUGGUGGAGUUGGAUCAUAAAGCUUUGCGGGCGUUGAGGCAGUUAAAUCUCGAUAUUGAAGCUGCGGGAACAAGUGGAGUCACGGAGUUACACGAGCUUGAUGAGUUUCGAUAUUGCACUUUUGAGAGAACAAGAUUAUACAAGGAGAGAAUGAAGAUGAUACAUGAUAAAAGUAUUAUUGAGCAGAGUUUUAAACCCGGAGAUACGGUAUUGCUAUACAAUUCAAGACUGAGGUUAUUUCCGGGCAAAUUAAAGUCAAGAUGGUCAGGGCCAUUUUUGGUGGUUGAAAUUCAUCCCACUAGUGCUAUAGAGAUUUCUGUGGAAAAUGACUCUCGCAAGUUCAGAGUCAAUGGGCACAAAUUAAAACAUUAUGUGGGCAUGGAUGAAUCAAAGAUAGUGCCAGUGACUCAUCUGAUCGAGCCUCCGAUGUUGAGCAUACCUUAA